AUGUCUAACCCGAAUCUACCAGCUGGUCUAGAGAACAUCCCCCCCCGUGCUCCUACUCCAGGACAACCUGAAGGAAAUAAGCCUAGAACUAGGAAAGGUAAGAAAAACGAAGCGUUAACUACGGUUAUGGAAGAAGAAGGUAGUAAUCAAAAAGGAGACGAAGAGAAUGGUGAUAACAAUAAAUCAAAAGAUGACUUAACUGAUAAUCCUGGUGGUAACAAUCGAGAUAAUGAAAAUGGAGAUGGAGAAGGAAAUGGAGGUGGAAAUGGAGGAGAUGAUGUCGAGAAUUCGAAUGGGAGAAAUGAAGGAAAUGGUCAAGUGGGUAAUAUAACAGGAAUAGGUCCUGACGAAGAGAAUAUGGCCGAAUCAGUUCAAAUAGAACAUGGUCAUGCGAAAUGGUUGUCUAAUAUAAAUGAGGCGUUAGAAAGAGAUAUGAUUGCCCUCGUAGAUACCCAAGCUGAAAUGUUAACCGGGAGAAAUUUAUCUGCAACCAACAAUCAACCAAUAAAUCAAGUUGUUAAUAAUUCUUUACCGGUACUCGCAAAUGGGAAAGCGGUCAGAUAUAAAGGAACGAAGUUCAACCCCUUCUACACACGUCCAAACCCACAAACUCCUGCUCCUUAUGUGAAUCAUACUGAUUAUGCGAAUAGUUCAUAUCAUACUCAGCCUUAUUAUUAUACUCCACCUUCUUAUGAUAGUCAAGCACCAUUCAUACCAAAUUUUAAUAAUAGAAAUAGAGGAAUAGGAGGCGGUAGAGGUGGAGGUAUUCGUCCAGCAAUUGGCCCUGGAAGUUUUAAUAAGGAAGAAGCCGCGACAGGCAAUAAGAAUCCUGGCGGAAAUGUUGGUGGAACUGCAUCUGGCUCAAAGUGA